AUGCUCGCCGCCAGUGCGCAAGACGUAGAAUUCGCCCAUAACGUGCAGCUGGCACUAUCUUCGUGCGGGUUCGGACGCUUACUCGACCCCACCUUACUCGACCCCACGGCCACUGACAUGGAAUUCCCCGAGUAUGAACUCGACAGUGAGGACGAGGUUGACCCAGAUGAUCUUCCAGAUGUCUGCUUUGAUCCUGUGGGUCCUCCGCUCAAGCCGCAAGACUACGCACCUGCCAUCACCGAUGCCUCUGAUCUCCCCGAAGGAGACUGUUCGAUUUGCCGCGACACCCUCAACGUACACGAGCGCGCCCAGGACGAAAUCCCCGUCAAGACUGAUUGCGGCCACGCGUUUCAUUACAGCUGUCUUGGUACCCUGAUAAACGGCCUCGCCGACUUCUCGAACUUGUGUCCUAAUUGCCGGCGACCGAUAUGUGAUCAUAGGCCUAGGCAGCUGAAGGAAGAUGAUGAGCUCAAUGGUGUACAGGCGUUGGAUUUGGAAGAGCAGGCAGUGGUGGAGCGCUUUCUGCUGGAUAGACACAGAGGUGUGGUGAUGAGGGACUGA